UCCGAUAAGAGAUCGCUAAGUUGAUUUCUCGAUGCACAAACUAUCUUUCUUUUCUACUUAUACCACCUUUUUUUUCACGAGUUCUUUCAUCCACCCAAACUCCUCCCACCUUCAUACCUUUUUUUUUCUUCACUUCAUCAUCACCAUUUCGACGCCGACCGAUUGGUACCUGUACCAAUCUCGCGAUUUCACUUCUUUCAUAUUACUGUCUACUUUCACAUUUAUUACAUUCAUCAUCUGAAAUCGCCUUUCGAGUGAUUAUUCGGCGUCACACCCGAUAAUUCUCACCUCAUUUACUAUCCCGUCCGUUCUCUCCACGACAGGUCGUCAAUACCGACACCAUGCCGCCUAAUUCAUUCGCCGAGUGGAUUGUGGGCCGCAAUUGUAUACCGAGGGACAAAAAGAAGUCCAAGACUCAUACGUCAAAUAAAAAUCGAGAUGUCUGGAACCUGGCGCUCAACACCAACGACAGGGCGCAAUCCGACACCAUCCAGCUGACCUACCCAAGAACCGGACGUUCCACCCGGGUUGUGAGCGUCAACGACACGGACCAAGUUCGACGCAUACAUGAUAUGCACCAAAUUAAGCAACUUCCCGUCGUAAUUCCUGUUGACUCGGAUACUGAAUCCGAUUCGUCUGAGGAAAGUUGCGACUGCACCUGUUGCUCUCAAGCUGUUUGCUGCUGCCCAUACAACUGUUGUUGCUCGCAGCAAAAGGAUUCAAAUAAUACCAAGCAAGUCACCUUCAAUGAUACGAAACAGGAGUAUGAGUAUAAUAACCAUGACACCAGUCCGGCGGUCAUAAACGUCAAACAGGAAACCAAGCAACCCCAGGCGCCGCAAGCAGAUAACAGCAAGCAGAUCACCUAUAAGACCGAGCCUGCAACCGACGACGCAACUAGUGAAAGCGAAGCCGAGGCAAGUCCUAAGAAGGAAACCCCAAAGAAAAAGGGGAACGCUAAGGGCAAGAAUAACCAAGAAGCCGCAAGACCAGCCACCCAGAAAGGUCAGCAAAAUAAACAGCAAGGAAAUCAAGGAAAGCAGCAAGGGGGGAAAGCCAUGAAUAAGAACUGGAACGGAAACAAAUCCGCAAAACUCUUCGCCGAUCUCGAUGUUGAUGAUGCCCAAGACGUAGAGGAAGACGGGGCAAGACAAAGACAAAGAGAGGAACGAAGGGAGGCGGUGCGCCAAUCUGCUCUUACACCUAGAACCCGUCAAGCCAACUCUCUUCUACCGCCUCAACGCCGUGUAUUAGACGUCGAGCACCUAUAUGAGACGGAUCAAGACCCUCGACCUAACGCAUUCUUCGACAAUGUCAAUAGCUCUGCACGCGUAUACCACGGGCCAGCUUAUGGUAACCCAUACGGUGGAAUGUAUCCCAGCGGAGUUAACAAUCAACCGGGACCAGGCGCGUUUGGAAACGGGCCACAGAAUAUAAUGCAAGAUGCAUGGGGCAACAGGUAUAUACCUGCUUCUGGUAGACAGCUUGGACGACCUCUUGGACCGGCUCCUCCUCCCCAUAUGCGACAACAGGCUCCCCAACCCCAACCCCAAAUAAACCCAAACAACUGGUACCAAGGAGACGGGUGUGUGAAUAUAGGCGAACCCGUCAUGAAAUCCCCCCCCGCAAAACCUCAAGCCACCAAAGUUGCACCCCCCAGCGACCGUGGUGGUCAAUCAAACGUGAUGCCCACCGUUGAGCGUGCGAGCUCCCAUGGCUCAAACAAAAGUAUGAACCGUACUAAGAAUUGGAGAAACGGCAACGGUAGCUGGAACGGCGAGAAAAAGGAUCUUCUCAGCAGUCUAAAUGAUAUGAUUCUAAACGACAGGGUUGAAGCGAUUGCUAGGACAUCGAAUCAGAGUAAGAGUAGGAGUAAGACUGCGAGCAAAGAGCCUACCCCGAUGUCUGGGGCAUGGGGCAAUCAAAACCGGGAGAACCAAAGCGGUGGAGAUUGGGCGCCUGGUAACGACCAGGGCUGGGACGGCAAUAACGCUGGCGAGUGGGGAUUCGGUGAUGGUAAUGACAACGGCAGCAACAACGGCAACGGCAACGGCAACGGCAACGGCAACAAUAGCCCGCGCCACAGCCCCAACAAUGUCUUUGGUGGCGCUAUAUGUGGUCACGAUAACAACAGCAAUAACGGUAACGGAUUCGGCAGUCACAACGGUAGCCGCAAUGGCAGUCGUAACGGUAGCGGCGGUAGUUACGGGUACCCACCUAGAAAUCACGUACCCGGUAGCUGGCCAGCUACAUCCCCAGCCCGCCCCAAGGGCCGUCAUCUGAGUCCAGACAACGUUUUCGGAGACGCCGGAAACGCUAGCGAGUGGCCUAACGACUUCGGCGACGGCGACGGCAAUCAGCGCUCGGGCUGGCAAGACCCUACUGCGGCUCAGAGUUCUGGCGGGGCCUUCGACAAUGACGAUAACAAUGGCGGUGCGUGGGAUGCCGAGGGAACCUGGUAGGACGGCACUAGUUUCCUCCAAGCGUUCGACUUUCGCGGAAUGGUUAGGGAGUUAGGGGUCGCUUCUUGUAUGAGUUUAUUUUUCAUUUACAUGAUUCUGCAUUUUCUCCUCAAUUUGCUGU